AUGAAAGGGAAGUUUGAGCAGGACAAGCAGCAGCAGCACGGAGAUUUUUCCCGUAAUGGGACUGCUGACCCAGCAGCCGCCGGACAAUGCGACGGGCGCUCCCGGGCAGCACAAAGCCCCCCUUCCAGAAAGCUGUCGCACAAAGCCGAAAUCCCGGGCGAGCCCCAACCUGCUGGGCUCGGCACAUCGCUGCCGCCAGAGCGGGCCGAGGCGGCCGGGCUGAGCGGCGGUGCUCGGCAGGCUGGCUACGUGGGCACCGUCCCCACGGGCGGCGUGAGCAGCCUGGGCACCCGUGUGUCCCGUAGAGCCCUGGGCAUCAGCAGCGUCUUCCUGCAGGGCCUCCGCAGCUCCGCCGCCGCCGUGCCCCUGGCCCCGGGGCUGGACAAGGGCAGGGGGCUCUCCUACGAAAGCCUGAAUGGCUGCUUGGUGGAGUACAUCGAGAAGGUGCGAGCUCUCGAGCAGGUCAACCAGGAGCUGGAGGAACACAUCAGAGUCUACCUGGACAAGAAGGCGGCCAGCGUGGGCAGCUGGGGAGCGCUGCGGGAGAACUGGGAGGCGAUUUACCACCAGGUGGGUGAAGCAGUCCUUGAAAAUGCUCGUCUUAUGCUGCACACCGAGAAUAUUCAAGCCUGUGCUGAAGAUUUUAAAGACAGGUAUGAAAAUGAGCAGCCAUUCAGAAAGGCAGUGGAAGAUGAAAUUAAUUCCCUAUAUAAAGUGAUUGAUGAUGCUAAUUUAACUAAAAUGGAUCUGGAGAGUCAGAUAGAAAGCAUGAAGGAAGAGCUAACUUUGCUGUCAAAGAAUCAUGAAGAAGAUGUGAAGGUAUUAUACAAGCAGCUUGCUGGAUCUCAGCUGGAAGAACUUGAUGUUCCACUGGGAAGUGGCCUGGAUGACAUUCUGGAAAAAAUCAGAAUCCACUGGGAGAGAGACAUUGAAAAGAAUCGUGCUGAGACAGGUGCCCUGCUCCGUACCAAGCAACAGGCUGAGACGACGGCUGCCGUGCGAACCCAGGAGGAAGAGCUGGUGGAGGGCCUCAGAACCGAGUUCCACGAAACUGCCUGCAAAAUACAGAGCUUGCAAGCAGAAACCGAAUCUUUGAGAACCUUGAAGAGGGGUCUGGAGAAUUCUUUAUAUGACGCCAAGCACUGGCACGACAUCGAACUGCAGAACCUAGGCUCUGUCAUUUCCAAGCUGGAGGCAGAGAUGGGAGAAAUCAAAGUAGAAACCGAACAGCAGCAGAGGGAUCGUGAAAAUCUGCUGACUAGCAAACAACAGCUGGAGAAAGACAUUGCUGCAUAUCACUGCCUCCUGGAUGGAGAGCAAAGCAGCUGAUUAUGAAACCCCCAGCCCACAGAAGACCACUGCCAUUAAAGCAAAAGAUGUCACUGCCAAUUACGUUCAUGGAAGCUAAAAACCCAUCAAAGCAGCCUGCUUUAUUCAGUUUGAUUCAACAAUCAAAGUAGGUUGUAGC